GAGUAAGCAACAAAUUGUCCGGAGAUUCUUAGAAGAUUUUAUGUAUAUUCUCUGGUCAAUCUGUGUCUAUUAUGGAUUGCAUCUACAUGUCAGCUGUACGACUAUCUGAAUGGGAAUCACCCAGGAGCUAGAUACAUUUCUGCUUAAAUAGCUGUCGUACACCCACCAUCAGUCAUUAGAUUUCCAUUAAAAUUCCUUUGCUUAUCUUGACAAAGUCAUAAAUUUCGUGUAGCUCUCCGUUACAGAGCACAAUUGGUUUCUAGCAAAAUGAGUUCUUCCUACACUAUUGCAGUUGAAAAUGAGCGUGGUCAGAAUACUACGUAUGCAGUCUUCAUGGAACCGCCUCAGUUCACUGGCGGUGGGAAGCCUUGGAUGAAUGUCUGGUAUACAUCAUUCGUCCCUUAUAUGGGAAACUUCGAAAUCAGCACCGGAGACGACUUCUAUGCUUGGGUUGGAACUGUGCCCACUACACCUUCGCCAGGGUUGAUAGUCAACUCUGGCAUGAGCCUGCUUGCUCGACUUGGCUCUAAUGUUAACCCCGGAAGUACUUUUGAUUUGAAUAUUAUUGAAUCGUUCCCUACAAUGAUGGAAGUCCCUUCGUCCGCUGUUGAUGCUGCAUAUGAAAUUCGGACUGGUAGUGACUUUUCUAUGCCUAAUGAUACAUAUCUGGUCGGGCUCGCCAAAGUCAAUAAUCGAGGGCAGGUUGCUCCAGUUGCAUCAAUUGCUCCAAGCAACAACGAGAAAAUACAAAUUGCCCCGAAAAUGAAAUUUUUCGUCGCGGAAAGCCAGCAGGUGCCAGGCGAAAUAGCUGACUACGCUGCUGUUUCUAGAGAUGGUGCUACCAUUGACUUUAGUAGCGGGCCAGGAUUGGGUAAAUUCCAUGCUCGUGUGGUCCAAAGCACCGAUGGAAAGUUCAAUGUGAGAUACUAUGACUCCUUUGAAUGAGGUAAAGUGACAGCAUUUGUACCUGGCUUAGGAUUGAUCACUGAACUUGUGGAUUUUUAUGGGAAAGAAAUUUAAAAAGAAUUGAACUUUGCAGCA